GGUUACGAAAAAAGAAUUAGAAAUCAAGAUUAGUCAACAGUCAACCAACGAACCAACCGAGUAAAAGAUCACAACAAAUUGUACUUUUUUAUUUGAUGGUUUUUGAAACGUUUGAUAAAAGAAUAUUAAUUUAUAAUUUUAAAAUAGUAUAGACGUAAUUUAAGCUUAUAAUAAUUGUUGUAAAAUGACCGGAAAAACUGAAAGCAGUACUGUAGUUGCUCCUACGGUUCAACAAAUAAUCGCCGAUAGAAUUACAGAGCUGGCUGAAAAAUAUUGGGCUCCUCAUUCUAUUGACAAGCAUUUAGAGUUUAAUCCAGAUGUUAUUGAAGAUAUAUACAUGCAGGAUAUUCGCGGUAGCAACUUUUCAAUUAGAAGAAUCAUGAUUCUUGAAUUUAGUCAGUAUUUAGAAAAUUAUUUAUGGCCUAACUAUAGUCCAAAAGCAUCUUAUUCUCAUAUGUUGUCCAUUGUUAUCAUGGUUAAUGAGAAGUUUAGAGAACGAGUACAGGUUUGGCAGGCUUUCAGAAAACACAGUGAAUACUUCCCCAAUUUUUUUCAACAAGUAUUGAAAGCAUGUUUUGAAGAUGAACUUUUAAUAAAUAUAAGAGAACAAACUGCACUUUUGGUGUUUUUAAAUCAUUGCUUCAAUAGUAUGGAAGAAGCAAUAUGCCGUGAUCAGGUCAAAAGACUAGUUUCCCUGUCGAUGUGGGUAUCUCUUCAGCCUGCUAGACGUGAAUAUGAGUUUAAAAAGUAUCCAAAAUGGAAGAAAUAUUGGAGAGCAAUCCAAAGAAAAGAUAAACCAGACCAACUAGAAAAACUUACUUGGGAAAGAACAUUCUUACAUCGCUUAAUGCUAAAGUUCAUGGAAAUCUUAGAUAGUAUAAGAGAGGAUGGAAUUUGUCCUAAUGAUAGGGUUCACUAUUGUGAAAGAUUUUUGGAGCUGAUAACAGAUUUAGAAGCAUUACUUCCUACUAGAAGAUUUUUUAAUACUGUCCUAGAUGAUUGUCAUUUAGUAGUACACUGCCAACUUUCAACAUUAAUUAGACGACCAGAAGGGCAUCUGUUUAGUCAGCUCUUGGACAUGCUUAAAUUUUACUCCAGAUUUGAAAUUAGUGACGAAUCUGGAGAUCCCCUUACCGACCACGAUAUGACUCAAAUCCAUUAUUCAAAAAUAACCAGCCUGCAGCAAGCAGCAUUUGCCAAAUUUCCCGAUUUAAGAAAUUUUGCACUGGCAAACGUUGCCAGUGUAGAUACAAGAAGAAAUUUAGCUAAACAUUUUGGACCAUUAAACCGCGAAAAACUGAAAGCCAUUGCCAUGUACUUAAACUUAGUGCCUCCACCAGAAUUAGAAGAGGAAUUUAAAUGGUGCCGAACAGAUGAAACGUUUUUGAGAGAAUUAUUAAUAUCUCGGCACGAAAAGCGCGCUUCACAACUAGAGGCUCUUAACGAAAUGCCACUCUAUCCGGUCGAAAACAUAAUUUGGGAUGAAAACGUCGUACCAACGUCUUACUUUUCCGGAGAAGGUUGUUUAGCGUUACCAAAGUUGAAUUUGCAAUUUUUGACACUCCACGAUUAUCUCCUAAGAAAUUUUAAUCUUUUUAGACUGGAAUCGACAUACGAAAUUCGACAAGAUAUAGAAGAUGCAGUCAGUAGAUUAAGCCCCUGGAGAGCUGAAGAUGGAAGCAUUUAUUGGGGAGGAUGGGCAAGAAUGGCGCAACCAAUUAUUAACUUUGCCGUAGUUGAAGUAGCAAAACCCAACAUAGGAGAAAAGAGACCGAGCAGAGUAAGAGCAGACGUUUCAAUUAACUUAAAUGUAAGGCAAGAGAUCAAAUCUGAAUGGGAGAAUUUACGAAAACACGACGUAUGUUUCUUGAUAACACUGAAACCACCAAAUUCUAUAGGAACAAAAUACAAUUAUAAAGAACCUUUUUUGCCCCAAGUUGGUUUACAAUAUAUCAGAGGUUGUGAAGUCGAAGGUAUGUUAGAUUCCAGCGGAAGGGUAAUAGAAGAUGGACCGGAACCGAGGCCAGUCUUACCCGGAGAUCAGAGAACUUAUCGAGUUUGGUUAGAUUGUAAUCAAUACCGAGACGAUAUGAAUAAAACUAAUCAAGGAAAAGACGACGUGUAUGAAGGUUUCAAUAUACUUAUGAGAAGAAAACCCAAAGAAAACAACUUCAAAGCAGUUCUAGAAACAAUUCGUGAACUAAUGAACACAGAAUGUGUCGUACCCGAAUGGCUACACGACAUAAUUUUGGGUUACGGUGAUCCGAGCGCCGCCAACUACAAUAAUUUACCAAAUCAAAUACCUACUAUGGAUUACAACGAUACGUUCAUUGAUAUGGAUCACCUGAGAUCGUGUUUUCCAGAGUACAAAAUAAAUAUCAAAACAGACGAUCCGAAAAAAUUAAUCAGACCUUUUAAAAUUACAUUUGAAAAUCUCGGAAAAGAUGAUAAAAACGAAGAAGAGAAAGAAAAAGGGGACGAAAUUAAAAAAGUAAUUCUUGUAGAACCUCAUGUUAUUCCUAGAAGAGGUCCAUAUCUUUUUAAUGAACCAAAAAAAAAUAUGAUACCAUUCACGCCAACUCAAGUGGAAGCUAUCAAAUCCGGUAUGCAGCCUGGCCUUACACUGGUGGUGGGUCCUCCUGGUACCGGAAAAACUGACGUCGCCGUCCAAAUUAUCUCCAACAUUUACCACAACUUUCCCAAUCAACGAACGCUUAUCGUAACGCACUCUAACCAGGCCCUAAAUCAACUUUUCGACAAAAUUGUUGCUUUGGAUAUAGACGAAAGACAUCUGUUGCGUUUGGGUCACGGAGAAGAAGCUUUAGAAACUGAAAAGGAUUUCAGUAGAUACGGUAGAGUCAACUAUGUGUUGGCCAAAAGGUUAGAUCUAUUGAUGGAGGUGGAGAAAUUACAGAAAUCCUUGAAGGUCGAAGGUGACGUGGCGUAUACUUGCGAAACCGCAGGGCAUUUUUACUUGUAUCAAGUAUUAUCUAGAUGGGAACAUUUCUUGAGUAUCGUGAAACCUAAAAACAAAAAGGCCAUUCCAAUAAACAUUAUAAAAGACGACUUUCCCUUCCACGAUUUCUUCAGCAACGCUCCUCAGCCUUUGUUCAAACAACAGUCAUUUGAAGAAGAUCUCGAAAUAGCCGAAGGUUGCUUCAGAUACAUAGAUCACAUUUUCAAAGAACUGGAGGAAUUCCGAGCUUUUGAACUCUUGCGAUCUGGUUUGGAUCGGUCCAAGUAUUUAUUAGUAAAAGAAGCGAAAAUUAUUGCGAUGACAUGUACACAUGCAGCUUUAAAAAGAAAAGAACUCGUUGAAAUUGGUUUCAGAUAUGAUAAUAUACUCAUGGAAGAGUCUGCUCAAAUUUUAGAAAUCGAAACGUUUAUUCCGCUUUUACUUCAGAAUCCUCAGGAUGGAUUUAAUAGAUUAAAACGAUGGAUUAUGAUUGGAGAUCAUCAUCAAUUACCACCUGUUAUUAAAAACAUGGCUUUUCAAAAGUAUUCAAACAUGGAACAAAGCUUAUUUACCAGACUCGUUAGAUUAGGUGUACCGACCAUUGAACUGGACGGACAAGGUCGAGCUAGACCCAGCAUCUGCAAUCUAUAUAAAUGGAGGUACAAAAAUUUGGGCAAUUUGAAGCACGUCGAAAAUUCCCUAGAAUAUCAACUUGCAAAUCCUGGAUUCGCUUACGAUUUUCAAUUAAUAGACGUGCAAGAUUUUAAUGGUGUCGGAGAAUCAGAACCAAGUCCAUAUUUUUAUCAAAAUCUUGCUGAAGCCGAAUAUUGUGUAGCAUUGUUUAUGUACAUGCGACUAAUAGGUUAUCCAGCAAAUAAAAUAACAAUUUUAACUACCUACAAUGGGCAAAAACAUCUAAUUAGAGACGUUAUUAAUACCAGAUGUGCAAAUAAUCCUCUUAUUGGUAGGCCAUACAAGGUUACUACCGUAGACAAAUACCAAGGUCAACAAAAUGAUUACAUAAUCCUUUCUUUAGUGAGAACAAAAGCAGUGGGACAUUUAAGAGAUGUUCGUCGAUUGGUAGUAGCAAUGUCACGUGCCAGAUUAGGAUUGUACAUAUUUGCCAGAGUUACUUUGUUUAGAAACUGUUUUGAGUUGACGCCAGCAUUUGAACAGCUCACUUCCCGUCCUAUAAAACUCCAUUUAAUAUUGAACGAAUAUUAUCCACCAACAAGGCAAAAUAAUAAAAAACCGACUGGUAAACUUAUGGUUGUUCAAGAUAUGACGCACAUCGCAAAUUUCGUAUAUGAAUUCUAUAUUCAAAGAGUUAAACAAUUAAAACAGUUGUACCCGUCUGAAAACAAAUGGGACAAACCUGGCGAUAUUCAUUUAAAAUCUCAUGACGGCUUUAUUUCGUCACAUCCCGGAGAAGAUAGAGACACAGAUAGUGAAGAUGAAGAUUCAGGAAAACAACAGCUCCCAAUACCUAUUCAAGAUGAACCCGUUGAAAAUCAAUCGGUUGAAGUUUCCACACAGAUUCAAGAACAACCUUCAGACACUGAAGAAAUUGAAAGGAUGGAUGAAACAGAAAAUCAAUCUAGAGAUGAAGAAAUGGAGACAAACACUACUGUUGAUAUGGAGGAAAACAAUACUGUCAAUACUGGCGAAAUGGAGGAAAGCAGUACUGUUGAUACUGGUGAAAUGGAGAAUGAUGAAUAACUUAUGUAAAAAUACAUUUUAAAUUCGUAUAACUUGUUUUUAUUUCACAAAAUUAAUAGUUUUUAUAAUGUCUAAAAUUAAAUUAAUUAACUUAAAAAAUAAUUAUUUUUAUUCCAAAAAUUAAAAUGUUUUAAACAGUCACCAUCUAUUCAGUCAUUUGUAGUAUCAACUAAUUUUCUAUUUGACUGACAGAGUAAGCCACAGUUUAAUCUACCAAAUAGUAUAAAUCAUGAUUCUUUUUCUUUAUUUUCUAUGGUCAAACUAUGUCCUUCUAUCUUUUUUUCAGUUGUUGAUGGGAUUACUGAAGGAAUUUCCAGCAGGGUUUCAGUUUUAUUAUUUUUAAUUUCCUUUUCUUCUUCUUUAGUGCUAUUGCUAGAUUCAUCUUUUUCACUUCCACUAGAACUAAGAUCAUCAUCCAACUCAUCUUCAACCCUUAAAAAAAAAG